AAAUAAUUGAGAAAUGUCUACACAACCAAUUUUUUUCACUGCAUUAUUAAGAUGGUGCACCGGUGUUUUACAUAAGUUUUGACAAUGUCGUGUGUCGACGUACAUCGAAACUUCAUACAAUUCUAGAGAUAGAGAGAUUAUGUUUUAUCUCACUCUUUAGCUGUUCCAAAUUUCAUCAAAACCCAUCCAGCGGUUUAGCCGUGACCACACAACAGACAUACUUACUCAUUUAUGACAUUAGCACCAGCUGAUCCAACAUAGUAACCACACUUACCUAAAGAAUGUGUCAAAUAUAGCGAAACCUGAUGUGAUGGAUUGUACCUACGUAGAUUGCGUAGAAACUUUUUGAUUGAUGAACGUUGAACUCUUGAUAUCAUUGUUAGAUUUAGGUUGAAGAAAGGGCAACAAUUCAGUAUUCAGAUACCGCAUCACGUAUUUAUCUACGGUAGCUUAGACAGGUCGCUAGAGAAUCGUGAAACUCGAGCAUAGGUUUAGAAAAAUCACUAUAACCAUUAGCUUCAGCACUGAUGAAGAAUAACAAGUACGUAAGACGGACUCUGACAGAUAAGAAAUCUGACUGACUAAAGAGAAAAAGAUAGUAGACAGACAGAUAGAUAGAUCAUGGAGUUAGUAGGUACUAUGGAUUUAAUAAAUACGUUGUACGGAGCACCUACUAAUUCCAUGAGAUAGAUAAAUAAAAUGUCAAAUCGAUAAUGCUGCAGAUUCAGUACAUAAAAUGCAAAUCCUUGAAAUUAAAAUACUCGAUAUAAUACAAAUAAAAAAAUGCAUGAUAAUGGUAUGCUGCAGCAAGUCGCAUAUAGGUGACACACAAAAUGAUUUUCAUUAAUCACCCUCAGUUGGUGUGGGUACUUUUGUAGGAUCUUGUCUGAGUAUAUAUUUAUAAAGAAUUAUACUCGGUAUUUGACAAAGAUUAUUUAUUUAGGGCUGGUAAAUCACGAGCAAUACAUUUAAAAUACCAACAGCCAAGAAUCGUCCAUGACAGCAUUUGUUUUUUAAAGAAAAAGAAACAUCGCGCAGUCGCGAGCUCGUCGUCACAGCGCAUGCGCGUAGACAACUUUGAUAUUUUAUAUAAUCGCAAUGUGUAAUAGGAAAAGAAGAAAUAAAAUUAAAAUAAGGUGUUUUAAAUUAUAAUUUACUUUAAUUACAUAAAUGGGUUGUUUGACUAAAUAAAUAUAUUAGGACCAAUCACACAGAUUGAGCUAGCCCCAAAGUAAUUUUGAGACUUGUGUUAUGGGAUACUAACUCAACUAUAUACUAACUAUACUAUAUUUUAUAACAUACAUAUAUAUAGAUUAACAUCCAAGAUCAUCCCGAGCCAAUCAAAAAAGAUUAUUUUCCAUCAUGACCCGACCGGGGAUUGAACCCGGGAUAUCUCGGUUCAGAGGCAAGCACUUAACCACUGCGCCACCGAGGUCGUCAAAAUUAAUCAAAUAGUGCAAUCAACCAAGAUAUACAACGUCACCAGACAGACCAGCACGGCAACUGUUGCUCACGAUAAGAGCCCCGCUGGUAACGCCUCGGAAAACCGAUAAAAAUUGUAUAACCUUAUCCUUACUUAUUAUGAAAUAUAGUCCUCUGCCGCCGUCCUCUGCCUGUCUAUGUCUGUCUGUUCGCGAUAAACUCAAAAACGACUUCAUCUUCCCGGGUUUUCACCAAUUGAUAGUGAGGUUCCUGAGGAAGGUUUAGGUGUGUAAUUUAUUAUGUUUUUACCCGAGCGAAGCCGGGACGGGUCGCUAGUAUGACUAUAUAUAUUGAGUACAAUGUUCAAUUGUCUCUUAUGACAGUAAAAGUGCAGUUGAUAAGGUGCUGGUUUUAAAGACGUAGUGUCGAUGUCAUAUUACAGAUACUUUUGGUAUAAAAUUUUACGAAUGACGAAGUAGUUGAUUCAUGAACUUACUAUUUUUGAGUGGAACAUUAAAACAGGUAGUAAAAAAAACUACCUUAAUGUUAUCAUAUCAACAAGUAUUAAUACUAUAUACAAGUAAGUAAAGAUUUGGUUCUUUGCCUUUUCCAGGGUUCCGUACCAAAAAUAUUUUGAAACUUUAAUCGUUCAUUUUAAAUGUGUAAUCGUAAAAUAUAUUUUUUAUAUUUUAUGUUACGGCUAAACCUAGAAUUCCGGCUACACCUUGGUUUAGCGGCAACAAACGUAUUAUAUUACUUUUUCUUUUGCUGUAUUAUACCCGUAAAAUUCUACAGUUCAUUUUAAUUAUUUCCCGUUACAAUAUCUAGUAGUCUUUUCUAUUCUACACCUUUUAGGGCAGACAUAUGCAUCACGUGUUGAUAUUUUAUCGACUUGCAUGCAACGCAAGCCACAAUUCCAUACAGUAAACUCUCAUAACACAAGUCUCGAACUCACAUUUAUAUGUGUAAUUUGUAUCUCUCUAUCGGGAUACCUGAGAUAGGAUAUAGUAUAAUAUAGUAGUAAGAUUCCAUAUAUCUAAAUAGAUAUAUGGAACCUUAAAUGUAUGAAUCCGCCUCGCUCUUGGCCGAUUCAUUUCAAAUUAAUAAAACAAACGUCGAUACAAUUCGUCUAUAAACCAAUCGUCAAAACAAGAUAAAAAUAUUUGCUAUCUAAUCUAAUUUGAAUCGCUGGCAAAUCAUUUGUUUUCGGGUCGUGCUUAUUUUUAACAUAGACGUAUUUGGUGUUGCGAAAAUAAUUGUUCACUUUUAUAGACAAAUGGAGAAAAAAAUUGUGACGCUUAAUCUGAGGUCAGUGGAAGUCGAACCUAAGAAGACCGCUACAGACGCGGAACAGAUAUCAAGACUAAGGCCAUCGCAGUCUCCCAUAGCGAUUUCAUUGCAGCGAUGUCCCACUUGGACCUCACUGGAACCCUUGAGGUUCCAAGGGUAUUGGGACAAUGAGUCCAAAGGAGUUCUCGUCAAUACAGGGUCCACAGCAUACUUCACCUUCGACGCGUCUGCUAUCCGACCCAAGCUGAACGGUGGGCCGCUCCUUGGAGACUAUAUCUUCGAACAGAUGCACUUCCACUGGUCCGUCGAUGAUUUUACGGGCUGCGAACAUGUGCUUGACGGUCACGGAUACGCAGCAGAAUGUCACUUCGUCCACUACAAUAGCAAGUACCAAUCAAUGGAGGCAGCAAUCGGCUUCCCCGAUGGUUUAGCGGUUGUGGGCUUCCUUCUUGAGGUAGUGGACGCACCAAACCCGAGUUUCGACAAGCUGGUCGAAGGUCUAGAAGUUAUAUCGAAGAGAGAUCACUCCGCCCAGAUCACUUCAGAAUCCCUUUCAUGGAUGAACCGAUCAGAUCUGUAUGAGGGUAACUACGUCACAUACAAAGGCUCCCUCACAACACCGCCAUACACGGAAUGUGUCACGUGGAUCAUCUAUGAGAAACCAGUGCAAAUCGGCAGUGAACAGCUGGGACUCCUAAGGCAAUUGGAGGGGAUGGACAGCAAGCCAAUCGAGAGAAAUGUCAGGCCCACCCAGCGGCACCCACCUGGGCUCUCAGUCAUUUACGUCAAACAAACCAAUCUGGUUAAGUCCAAGAUAUGACCCAUUUACAAUAAAUUAUGGUUACGAAA